GAUGUGUAUUCAUUUUGUCGUCAUGACCGUGCGUUGAAUGGUUCACAACAUAUGUAAGAGAGUACUGUCACCACGGUACACGCGGAGCUCGCGCGAGGAUGUACUUUGAGAGAGGAGGAGGACUCGCGCGUGACAACCCGAGAGUCAUUUAGGAAAGGGAGGGGACACACAUGUAGGACGUCCACAGGGAUAAUUCUCAAUAGGAUGGACUUACCCUGAAUGUUAUCAAUGCUGAGUAAAACUCUGAAGAUGUGUAAAGUGUCAUAAACUAUAUAGGAUUUACCUGGAUUUUACCUGGAACUGGAUAUACAAACACAUGGUCAAAGCCUUCAGUGUAUCAUAUAUGUGAGCAGAUAUUAUUAAAUUCCGAGUUUCUUCAUAUAUUGAAAUGUGUGGAUGCGACAUACUGUUGACUUGAAGCGCAACGGAAUUAAAGGUCAUGGAGGGGGCAAAUCCCCCUGAGGGAGCGGCCCCGGAGCCCGGGGGUCAGGCAGGGGAUCUACCUCCGGAGGAGCAGGAGAAACUACAGAAAGUUUUGUCCGGUUGCCUCGGGAAUCUUCCGGCUCUGAGCUCCAAAAUCGUCCGUAUAUUUACAAGUUCGACAUUUACAGACACAACAAUUGAAAGAAAUGCACUCAUGGAGAAUGUUUACCCAAAAUUAAAAGAAUAUCUUCGAGAAAGAUAUGGUUUGGAAUUCCAGGUGGUGGACAUGAGAUGGGGAGUACGAGAUGAAGCCACGGACGAUCACAUGACCACACAAUUAUGUAUGCAAGAAAUCGACAACUGUCAACGCCUUUCUAUUGGUCCAAAUUUUGUGGUUUUUCUAGGCCAGAAGUACGGGUACCGACCUCUACCGACGUUCAUCGUUGCCACGGAGUUCGAGAUGAUCCGUGAGUGUGUUAAGUCGGUGAAGGACGAGAUCGAGGUCCUUGACAAAUGGUACAUGAAGGACGAGAACACGGUGCCAGCCGUCUAUGUACUCCAACCGAUCAGCUCCAUACUCACCAACUUCAACAACAAGAGACAUCAGCGACUUCAAGAACUUGACCAGAACACCUGGUGGGAGACAUUCCUCAAACUACAGCGGAUCAUGAGAAAGGCCGCUCAAGUACUUUUCAUAACCAAAAAACUUGACCGCGAACAGAUGCACAACUACUUCAUGUCCGUGACGGAGCGGGAAGUUGAACGUGGGAUCUUAAAGGCCAAUAACGUUCAAGAUCACUGCCUUGCAUACGUCAGGGAAAUCGCCAACAUCAACCCAACAAUGUAUCGCUUUGCUUACAAAUUUGUGGACUUUGCUGCUCGAAACAUAGAUGGAGAGGCUCAGAAACUUCUCCAAGUGCUGCGUGACGACAAGCUGACAAAGAAAAUGCCAGAAAGCAAUUUAGUUCGUUUCAAAGUAGACUGGGGAAGAGAAGGUAUAGACAAAGACACUCAUAAGGAGUACUUAGAAAACUUUACGAAUCACUUCCAUACCUCCAUUGCUAAACUUGUGGACGAUGCCAUGGCAAAACACGAAAGACUCUCCAGUGACCCAGUGUUUACUGAGGCCCUACAGCAUCUCCAUGCGUGUACAAAGUAUUGCAAAGUGUUUCAAGGACGCGGGGACAUUGUGAAGAAGAUAGAGGAACAUAUUGUUGGUCCUUCAAACAGACCUUUUAUUCUACAUGGAGAAAGUGGAUGCGGGAAGACAUCUCUGACUGCCAAAGGAGCAAGUCAGAUAAAGUCGUGGUUCCCAGAAGAAAGAGAGCCAAUGCUAGUCAUUAGAUUCCUUGGCACAACGCCAAACAGUUCCAGCAUCAUUCCCUUGUUGACAAGCUUGUGCAAACAGAUAUGUGUAUUGUAUGACGCGCCCAUGGACGAUAUCCCUGACGAACUGGCACCAUUGAUACAUCACUUUAAAACUCUUCUUAACCUAGCAACAGAGGAGAAACCUCUGGUACUGAUCCUGGAUUCACUUGAUCAGCUAUCAGGCGCAGAUGGUGCACAUCAACUCGCAUGGCUUCCAGCUCAGCUUCCGCCAAAUGUAAAGAUGAUUUUGUCUACUUUGCCACGGCUGUACGGAAUACUGGAUACCAUCCGAAUCAUGAUCGAACCAGACGAGAACUAUGUUGCAGUGCUUCCCUUAGGAGAAAACUUAAGUGGUACUAUUUUGAAGUUCUGGUUAAAGAAUGGGAAUAAAGCAAUAACUGAUGCACAAUGGGACUUGGUGAAUGAGGCAUUCACAAAAUGCAAUCUUCCACUUAUGGUAAAGCUUGUGUUCGAUCAGAUCUGCACGUGGAAAUCUUACACAAAACCAAGUACCACCGUCCUUCAAUUCACUAUACACGAUAGCAUUAUGAAACUGUACGAACGAAUCGAGAUCCAGCAUGGGAAAACAUUAGUUGCACACGCAUUCGGAUACAUUACCGCUGGAAAAAGUGGCGUGUCGGAGUCCGAACUAGAAGAUCUGCUUUCUCUUGACGAAAAGGUUCUAAACGACGUGUACCAGUACCAUCUUCCACCCGUGCGUCGAAUUCCACCUUUGCUGUGGACAAGAAUUCGGAGUGAUCUCCCCGGUUAUCUGAGCGAGAGAGAGGCAGAUGGUGUCAACGUGGUAGGGUGGUACCAUCGCCAGUUUAUAGAAGCGGCGAAGGAAAGGUAUUUCAGGAACCUCAACUUUGUCAGUACCGUUCAUGCAAACCUUUCCGAGUACUUCCUUGGAAUCUGGGGUGGUGGAGUCCCAAAACCAUUCGAGUACACAGAGGGUCAACGUCGUAUGUUCAAACUGGACGAAAUGAAAGGAGAAAGUGACAGAAAGGUACCGAUUCAGCGACUGAUAUUCACUUCAGAUGGCACUGUCACACGCUUCAAUCUUAGAAAAUUAAGUGAACUGCCGUAUCACUUGGUGCGAUCUCACCAGUACGAAGAUCUCUACUCCACUGUCUUGUUCAACUACAAAUGGCUCCAUGCAAAGAUGAGUUCGAUGCCGUUGCAAUCUGUCCUGGCUGAUUUCGAAGAUCUCUUGGAACAUGUUUACCAAAAGGACGUAAAACUGAUUGCGGAUGCCAUUCGUCUCUCUAGUUCAAUUCUCAACCACUACCCGGAUAUGCUUGGGCCUCAGAUCAUUGGACGGCUGCUUCCGUACUACCAGCAGAACACAAACAUUCGGAGUCUGAUUCAGCAGUGUGAUAGUGAUGGUUUAGAGGACUGUGCCUUAGUUCCUGCGCACCACUGUCUCCAUACGCCUGGUGGGCCACUGCAAUACUCAUUAGAAGGACACCCGUUCGCUCCUUUUGGUAUCGGUACGACUUCAAACGGCCGUUACCUAGUAUCUGUGUCGAACAAGUUCAUCAUAUGGGAUCUUCUUAACGGCGAAGUGUUCAGAAAUGUUGUGCCAGGAAUAGGUGGCAUAAUGUCAAAUCUUUCUAUUUGUGAAAAUGACAAAUACGCUGCAAGCUUCACAAACAACAACCAGGUUGUGAUAUGCACAAUCAUGACCGGUGACUACAGAAUCAUCACACCUGUUAUGAACGGAAAGACCGCCUCAAUCAUCGGAACCUCGAUAUCUAAUGCACACAUUGCCAUCUGGACAAGUCAGGAGUGGUACCUUUACAACACACAGGGGGAGAUGCUAUCGAAACACGACACUCCCCUCAAGAUGCCUCUUAUACAUGUAGACCUAGGCAAUGACGACAAAACGUACCUCAUAUGCAAGUCCGGGACUGAAAAUGAUACGGAAAUGGCUCUUGAGGUUCAAGAUCAGUCAAUCGAGCCGUUUGAGUUCCACAGUGGCAUUAGUGUGAACAAGGAAAAAAACGUUCUCUACACAUGUAUCGAAAUAAGCGACAAUGCUGUGGCAGUGUACAAACGAGAGGAUAGUGUGUGGCGGUAUGACCGCACUCUUGGCGACAAUUUUGACAAAGUGUUUGCAUUGACUCUUUCAGAAGACGAAAACUACCUGGUUGCAACCAUUGCGCUGGGAUACAAACUCUGGAACCUGAAAACGGAUGCACUUGUGCAACUCAAGUUACCCCCAGGAACCAGAAAUAUCCCCACUAAAAACCAACUCUUCACUUUGGUUGUAUUCACAAAACACAACCAUUUCGUCGUGGCUGGUGUACGAAAGAAUAUGUACGUUUGGGACACAAAACAAGGCAAUAUGGUGAAAGUUCUUGAUGCUCAUUUCGGAAGGAUUAUAUCGUUACGGGCGGUUAGUUCCGGCUGUAAUAAAGUAAUUUCGUCUUCCAUCGACAAAACCAUCAAGGUUUGGAACUUUGACAACAUUUUGGAAGAUGUUCACUCGAUUGACCGAAUGGAAAAACCGAUCGAAACCAUCGACCUUGCGUCUGAAACGCAUUAUGGUGUUACAACGAGUAGGAACUGCAUUGGUGUGUGGAACCUAGGCACUGGUAAACUCGAGUUGUCCCUGGAAACCAAAUCUGUCGUUUCAUUGGCUGUCAUAACUAAAGAUGGAAAAUAUGUGGCUGCUGCGGAAUCAGGAAAACUUCUUAUCUGGGAGGUAUCGCAAGAAUCGGCGUCAAAAGUGAUUAUUCACAAAGACAUUCAACAACUCCUUAUGAAUGAAGGAGACUCACGGGUGAUAGCAUUGGCAAAAGAAGGGUUUAAUAAGGGAAAGGUGACCGCCUACACCUUCCCUGAGGGUGAGCAAGUUUACACCUUUGAGUACAAUCUCAGAGUCUUCAAACCUGGCGUUCUGACAAUAGAUGGGUCGUUCUUUGCGGUACUUGCCACUGACAAAAGUGGUGACGUCCUUGGGGUCUACCACGCGAAAUCAGGCACGCAUCUAUAUAACCUUGGACUUAAGUAUAACAACUACAAACCGGUGCAGUCAAUGAGGGCGAUGAGGCACGACCCCCACCAAAUUGUGCUUGUCGAUGAAGAAAAAGGAAACGUCAUUGAUCUCAAGAAAAAGACCGUCCCGCGAUCUGUGAGUAGAUGGAAUGGUAUGGCAAUGAAAAAUGGAAAGUUUGGAUUGUACGCCCCAAACAGAGGAGGAUUGCAACUUCUAGAAUUGAAAACGGGCAAGACCGUUAGAACAUUUAUUCCAAGAGUGGCUGAAGGAGUGUUUAGCAUUGAUGUUUUGUUCACGCAAAAUGACAGGCAUGUUGUGUAUUACCACUCGGGACAUCGUACAAUCAGAGUGUUUCGUGUGUCCGACGGUAAAAUGGUCGCCAAUUUCAAAGCGCAUGCCGAAGUGAAAGCAAUGGUGAGUACGGCGGAAGGCGAGACAGUUGUAAUAGGAGCCGUGGACGGGAGUUUCACGGUCCUAUCAAUAGCAGACCCGGAAUACGAGGAAAGUGUUGAAUUCCUCCAGUGUCUGCCGAGCAGGAACUUGCAAUCGAACACCUCAAACGGGUAUCGUACAGCGAACGGAGACAUUGUACAGGGCAAAAACAGCAUGGGCACUGCUCUUCAAGUGGCUAGGUUUGUAGCAAAAGCAAGACAGGCCCAAAAGUCAAGGGCCUGUGUCAUAUCCUGAAUUCUAGCCUCCGGACGUUGUGAAACGGUGAAAUUCGUUAUGUGAUUCAAAAGGAGAGACAACAGAUGCCCUGCUGUGAUAAAGUGGAUCGAUGAUGUUUGAGAGGAUAUAUGUUUUGUAUACAGUACAAUGUAUAUAGAAUACCGACUUGGUAUACUUCUAUAUCUAUUGAAUGACAUACGAGCUAUUUAGAAUACCGACCCAGUAAACACUUCUCUCAGCAGAAGAUGCUUUAAAGCAUUAGUGUUUGUUCUUCACGUGACUAUAAACAAAUCUACAAAAUAGCUUUAUCGGAAUUCUUUUUGACUGGUUGCAAUGGCUGAUAGAGGAUGACUACAUUUGCACGAAUACUAGCAUGAGAAAAAAAAACGUGUGUAAAAUAUUUACGUUGCCAAACUGUUGAAUGAUGCGUGUCAUCGUAUGCCCUUCGUUGCAGCUGCAAGGAUGUUCUGUAUUUUGUCCUAACAGGAGUGUGUACAGUUGAAAUAACAUUCAAUUGAAAAUGAUGUACCACAAAAGGUGACCACAUACGGUGAUGCUUUUAAUAUUCAGUAUACUGUAAAAGUGGAAAUUUUCGCGGUAUGGAAAUGUUUGCGUUUUCCUCGUUGAGUGAUUAAACGCGAAAAUAUCAACACGCGAAUAUUCAUUUAAAGACAAUAUACCAGUACAUUAUAGAUGUGUAGGAAAAAUAAGCUUCGUAAACGCGAAAGUUUUCACAACCCGAUCAGGUUACAGAGUCACCUUGCGAACAUUUUCCCACGCGAAAAUUUUCCUUUUUACAUUAGUUUAGUAAUUCAUGUUGAUAUUUAUAUACAAUGUAUAAUGUAUAUAUCCCAAGGGAUCCUGUUAUGUACUGUCUGCUAUAUAGAUGUUGACGUAUAACGUUAUUGAUAUAAAGUUGUUUAUUUAUGUUGUUGACGUCGGCAUGACGACUGAAAUUCCAUACAGUGUAAGUUCAUUUACGGUGCAUCAGAGUUAACUAGCUGUGCAUUUCCAUUAAAUCACUGUAAGUUAAUGUAUCAUAUUUAGAUAUGCAAUGUAAUAACACCGUCACUUUAAGACUUGAUAAAUAUAAUGUGAAAAAGUACCUAUUAUGACGUCAUGAUGAACACAUGAUGACGUCACAAACUUUUGAAAAACACAAAACCAUAGAUCUAAAUUUCCAAACUUUUGUAAAUAUGCAUCCUUUGGCCCAGAAUACAAUAAAUAAAUAAAUUCAUAAGCAAACAAACCAAUAUAUCUAGUCUCCUUUUUAAGUCUCACGACCACUAUGACGUCAAACGUGAAUCGAAAUUUAUGAUUCCAAUUAUGUCAUUCAAGUUUAAUACAGCACACGUCAGUAGUAUUGAGCAUGACAAGACAACAGUAGUAUCCAGUUGUUGGAGGAAAACUUAAUAGUUGACAAUGAAAUUCAAGAACUUCACUAAAUAGAUUUGAUCACGUGAUCAAAGGGUGAUUUACGUUGCUGCUUUAUACUACGGCGAUGUACGUUCAUUGUAUAGGGGACGACAUUCAAUCGGUGUGUAAAUUACAAUGCACCAAUACAAUGUUCAUUGUAUUAUACAGUGUUCAAAGUAAUUUAUACAUUGCUAAAAGUUAUCUCUUUGACUCUAUCGAUGUAAAUAAAUCGACACAUGGAAUAUAAAAUAUAGAUAUGAUGAGUGUUGCUGAUAGGAUGUACAAGAGAUAUGCUGUUAAUGCUAUGAUAAAUUAGAGAGACACGUAUUAACCGAAAAUGCACAAUUAACUAUUGCAAUCUCUUUAGCCCUCAUAUUUAACAACAGAUGAUUUCCAAAGGGGGGGGAAAAAGAUAAAAAUAUAGAACAAAUAUCAUUCUUAGUCACAAUAUUUCGGCCUCCUGGCCUUCUUCAAGUGUGAAAGUCAACGGUUGUUUCAAGUAACGUCCAUCUUGCUUAUUCGGAGGUACAGGAAAUGACGUAUAAAUAUAAUAAUAUUUAAGUUUUUAAUUGGAAGCCGUCUUCAUUGAAAUCCGGAAGUCGUCUAAAAGAAGAAACAGAAGAACGGAAGUUCAAAAAUGCAACACUUUCGGAGUUGUUAAUUAGGAAUUGUCGCCUAGUGGAAAUGAUUGACAUUGAAAAUAUAAACAAUCCGAAAUGUAACUUUUCGAGAUGACUUUAAUCAAAUGUUAACGGUUAAGAUUGUUCUACGGUAAACUAAAUUCGUCAGUGAAAGAAAAUGUACUGGAACAUUGGUAGCAUCAUAAUUAUAUACUUUCAAAAAUAUACGUGUAGACAGUAAACAACAAUAAAAUCUUUCAUGUGUAAAACGACUGCUUCAACCAAUUUGGCCAGAGACCACUAAUUUCUAUUUACCCAAAUACAGCUAUAUUUCCCCGAGGCUAUCCAUUAUAAUGUGCCGGUCAUGACGUCAUAUAUUACGUCAAAACAAUAGAUACCUGUAGAUAAAAAAAAACUGCCUUCCGCGCAAAAAAUAAUUACUAAUAACAAUAUUGCGAUAUUUUUUAAUGUUUUUUGCUAAACUUGAAGAAAGUAUGGUGAUUCAAAGCGGCGUUCUUCUGAAAAUGUCAUUUCUAUCCUUAUUCAUUGUAAAAGAGUGACAUUUUUUCCUCUCUGUAUAUAUUGUUUUCGCAACUCACUUAACGUAUACGUACUAAUAUGUUAUAACCUUAGGCCUUGGAUGAAUGGUGCUACCGUGACAAUCCAGUGACGGAUCUAGAGAAACAUCUGGGAGGGAUUCCAAAUUUUCUUUGGGAUGGGGGGGGGGGGGGG